UAAAAAGAAAUUUGGGUGGGACUCCAAAGCGGACUCGCCGAUCUAGUUUGCUAACACGGCUAUCGGUGGUAUCAUCAGACAGAUAUUUUCGGAUUCAGGGAUUCAAUGGCAGUGAAAAUCUGGAUAGCAUCAAUCUUAGUAAUUUCAGCAUCUCUCAGUUGGGUAUCUUUGGCUGAUUCGCCUGAAGCAGCUUUCGUCAAGAAGACCAUCUCUGCCCACAAGAUCGUCAUCUUCUCCAAGUCCUAUUGCCCGUACUGUAGGAGGGCAAAAUCUGUGUUCAAGGAGUUGAACCAGGUUCCAUUUGCUGUGGAGCUUGAUGAGCGAGAUGAUGGUUGGAACAUUCAGGAUGCAUUGAGUGAGAUUGUUGGCAGGCGUACUGUACCACAGGUUUUUAUAAAUGGAAAGCACAUUGGAGGCUCAGAUGAUACUGUUGAAGCAUAUCAGAGUGGAAAACUGGCUAAGCUGUUAGGUAUUGAUAUUAAGUUCAAGGAUGAUCUCUGAGUCCAUAAUCAAAACUGAAUUUUCUUUGCUGGAGUAGAUUUUGAUUUCAUUACUUCAAGAAGGUAAUGGCUUGUACCAAAUUAGUAACUCUAGUAGGAUCUGACAAGUUAUUGUCUUAGAGUUGCAUUCUUGAUUUGUUUGUUUUGAAAUUUUAGUAGAUAAUGAAACCCGCUUGGCUUUAUUGGAUCAUGUCUUAAAUGAUUCAUUGCUUUUAUAAGAAUAAUUUUAGGCCUCA